AUGGCGCCUAAGAAAACCGCACGGGACAGCGGCACGAAGAAGACUAUGCGCGAUGGCGGAAUAAAAUUUCCCGGACUAGGCAACGUGACCAUCGUGCUCCCCUCGCACAAUGAUGGUUUCAACGCGCACGGAGAGUUGCGACAAGUCGUCGGCGAUGUCGGCAAAGAGCGGGAAGACAAGGCGGAUGACGAAGAGGAUGACGAAGCCUCAUCCUCAUCUUCCUUCGGCAGUGAUUCGUCCGAUGAGGGGAGCGAGUCGGAAUACGAGGAGGAAGAGGCGGAUGGCGGUAGUGAGGACGAGGAGAUGGCGGAUCUUGAGGCUGAGCCAUCUAAGGGUGCUUCAAAGAAAAGGAAGGGAAGUGCGGCAAUCUACACGGUGGUUAAGAUGUUUGGGGAGCUGGCGGCCGACGAGACGCGCAAGUGCAAGUGUUGCCCCACCCGAAUCUCUUUCAAGGAUAGCAGCACACGGUCCGGCGGGCGGCACUACGAGGGGAAGCAUAACGCCCACUACGCCAUUUGGAAGCGGAUGUACGAGGGGGGCUUGGUUCCCGCGGAUGCAACCUUCCCCGAGGGUGGCUAUCCUGGGGUGCCGCAUAGUGGCGAGAAGUGGCCUUAUGCGGAGGCGUACCCUAACGUUCCCCCCGAGGCGCUUGUGGGAGGGGUGGCUGCACUGGGCGGGGGGCAGGCGACGAUGGAACAAUUUAUGACUCCGCGGGUGUCGGUCCGAGAACUGCGAGCAGCCUUCGUCAAGUUCAUUGUGAUGACCGACAGUUCCUACCGUAUUGUCGACAGUGACGCGUUCAAGGAGAUGUUGACUGUAGCCAACUCAGCGUGUGGGAAGGACAAUGUCAUUCCUUCACGCUGGACGUUGGCCCGUGACGUGUCGAGGUACGCGGACAUGGCACGGGCGUUGGCUAGGGCCGAGCUGGAGCUGGAGAAGGAGGGGGAUCUGCCGCUGUUCAAGGUGUGCUUCACCACUGACAUCUGGUCGUCUGAGGCCCGGCGCAGUUACAUGGUAGUCACCGCACACUGGAUUUCGUCAGACUGGCAGCUGCGCCAGGCCACUAUCGACUUCAGCGAGAUGUCUGAGGGCCACACGGGGGAGGAUAUUGCUAAGCGGUUUGAGGAAGUGGUUGGAGCAUGGGGGUUGGUCGGGCGUUGUCAUGGUGUCACCACCGACAACGCCUCGAGCAACGAGGCGGCCAUCAGGGUGCUGUCGGACGAUGGGGAUCGCUUUCCACUGAUCUCCAAGGACAUGUGGUUUAGCCCACUAAUGGUCUGUUACGUUCCAACCAGGUGUUUUGCGCACGUGAUCAACCUGCCUGUCCAGAAGGCGCUCGCGGUAGAGACGGUCAAGGUUCCGCUGCAGCGCAUCCGCUCGACGGCCAAAUUCGUGGGGCUGUCGUCAAAGCGCAUGGCGCGGUUCAGGAAGGAGAUGAGGGAUUCCUUUCCCACAAUGAAGGAGGUCAAGCUCGUGCUGUACUGUGAGACCCGCUGGGGGUCCACCUUCGCCAUGGUGGCACGUGCCCUGCGUCUUCAUCGUUUAUUGAGCGCUCACUUCUCCCAGGUGCAGGUGAGUGUUCGACUCCGACGAGGGUUAUACCAUGUUUGGUCUAGGUGCAUCCUUGUUUGCGUUGCGUGCCAAGGAUGCACUGUAUUUACAUCCAACCAAUGUGACUACACCCUCUCCAUUCGUUUCAAUGCAAACCCCCCUCUACCACAAGGCUCAUCAAAAAAAGAAAGGGAGAAGUACGCUUCCCUUCGGCUGACUGACGAUCACUGGGACGCACUGGUGGCGUUGAAGGCGUUUCUAGCGCCCUUCAACGCCAUCACCAAGGCUGCCGAAGGAUCUGUGUACCCGACGGUAACGACCAUCGUGCCGUACUACAACCUUCUCCUCGACACCUUGGAGAAGACUCUGCACGAUGAAUCUAACCCCCCUUCUGACCUCCUGCGUGAUCUCAUCAAAGUUGCCUUGCCCGUCCUGCAGAAGUACUACGACCACAGCACAGACGAGCUGACAGUCGCCACCUUUCUCGACCCAGGGCUGAAGAUGGCGUACUUUGCAAUGAACACUGUGCCGGAGGUGGCGCAGGUUCCACGAGAGCAGGUGUUGCGCUUGGUGCGCUCGCGCUGGGCGGCCUACCAGGCGGCGCUGAACAUAGCCGCGGCUCGUGUGGCAUCUCCACCAGCACCCCUUGUGGGUGAGACGCCACACACCAGGGCUGAAGCGGAGGAGGAGGAGGAGGAGGAGGAGGAGGAUGAGGGCGUGAACUUCGCCAGUCGAUCUAGUUUACUGGCACGGGUGGCAGCUAGCGUGGAGGGUGGGGGGGUGCCUAGGUCCGCGGGGGAUGAGAUCGAUCGGUACAUGUUGGAGGGGUUAGUGUCUACUGUCAGCCCUCUAGAGUACUGGCGUGCCAAGGUAGACAUGCCUGUGCUCAAGGCGAUGGCACGUGACUACCUUGCCAUCCCAGCUUCCUCAGCUGCUAGCGAGCGCGUGUUCUCGGCGAGCAGGAACCUGAUCACCUGGCAGCGCCAUCGGUUGAGCGCGGACAGGAUUUGUGAUUCCAUGACUAUGCGCUCCUUCUACGCGAGUCAUCCGGGGGUUCUACUAGAGGAGGCUGCAGGGCGUGUGACAGGAGGAAUUCAGCCAGCCGUUGAUAUUGGGGUGGAGGGCAUGGGGCCGGAAAACAUGUAG